ACAGGCCCCUGGCCCUCCCAGGGUGUCUUGGAGACCGGGGUCUUCAGGGGAAGGCCUUCCUCCUCAGGCGGAGGGAACAUGGCGGGAGGCGGAGGAGCGGCCCUGCUCGUCCUGCUGCUGUCCUGCUGGCGCCCGGCGGAGCCCCAGCCCGUCAACGUGACCUCAGGUCCAACCACUGAAAUGCCACCCAGUUCUAAAGGUCAGGAGGAUAUACCUGGAGUAUUUGAUGAAAUUCUAGUCCAAGAGAUACUGGAAUCAAGUAAUUUGUCAUUGCUUUUGACACAAAGACCGCUAUUGACAUCAACAACGACUGCGAAGAAAGCAAAUCCCGGUUCCUGGGACUCGCGUCACCCAACAUCUGCUGGGGCCCAAACUGCCGGGUUCGCGGCGGUCAGAUGACGCCUGACUCUGUUACAUGUUAACCUUCCGAGGCAGGUUUUCAGCAGAACUUGACAACUCUGUUAGCAUUCCGUAAAAUACAGUGUGGACCCACGUGUGCGCGCGUGUGUAAUCAAAACCUCGUUUCCUU